CCAUGUGUGAGGUGGAAACGUCACAUUACUUGGAGCCUCCAUCACUUUGGGAUCUCCGUCUGAUUGGGAGGGCGCAGAGAAAGCGAUCGUCUGCGGACUGAUUCAAGACGGCGCUGGAGAGGAGGCGGAGUGAUCCGUCCUGUCAGAGAUACGCGAGUUCGCUCUCGGACCUGAAGCCACACUGUUACAGCGUCGCUGGGGAUGAAGCACUGCUGCUGCGAAGCGCACGGAUUCAGACUACUCCUCACGCGCUGGUUUUAAGGAUUUUACUUUUGUUUUGUUCCAGGAAAAGGCUCGAGUCUCCAAACGUUUGGUAGUUGGGUUGUUGUUUUUUUUACUCGACAUAUGUAUUUUCCAACCAUUUUUACGAGAAUUGGGUCAUGAGCGCAUCGCCCACGGUCUCUGUCUUGAGAAAUAGCACGAGUCCGGCGUGGGAGAGCGGCUCCUCGGGGGAGAAAGGAGCAGCGAAAAUCAGCCAACUGUCCGUUUACAACUCCGUCUGUCCUGCAGACCCUUCUCGCCAAGCCAGUCGUCUUCCCAUCAAGAUUUUGAAAAUGCUCACGGCUCGGGCGGGACACAUUUUACACCCGGAGUACCUCCAGCCAUUACCCUCCACUCCCAUCAGCCCCAUCGAGCUGGAUGCCAAAAAGAGUCCGCUGGCCCUUUUGGCUCAAACAUGCUCGCAGAUUGGAAAACCGGACCCGCCGUCCUCCUCCAAACUCUCUUCUGUGGCCUCAAACGGAUCUAGUGACAAGGAGACAAAAUCCGGACCGCUGAAAAUGAGCGACAUCGGAGCCGAGGACAAAUCCAGCUUUAAACCUUACUCGAAGUCGUCAGAGAAGAAGGACUCGAGCAGCAGCCUCAAUGGAGAUAAAACCAGUUUCCGAGUGCCUAGCGCCACCUGCCAGCCGUUCACGCCCAGGACAGGCAGCCCCAGCUCCUGCACCUCAGUUUCCCCUAUGCCGUCUGAAGGCAGGGCUGGGGACAAGGAGGAAAAGAAGGACUCUGAUAGCAAUAAAGGCAACGCGACAGAGAGCGGUGGCAGCCAAAAGAUUAACGGAAUUACCUCUGAUGGCAGCCAGCACCAAGAAAACACAUCUGGAUCCAAGACUGUUACAUCCGACUCCACAUCUGUAACCUCAUCCGCCUCCGUUCUCAGCUCUGGACUGGUGGCCCCUGUCUCUCCAUAUAAGCCAGGCCAUACAGUUUUCCCCUUGCCGUCCGCUAGUAUUUCCUACCCUGGAAGUUUAGCAGGUGCAUAUGCAGGUUACCCACAGCCGUUUCUCCCACCUGGAAUGACCCUUGACCCCACCAAAUCCAGCAACCAGCUCUUAAGCGCCCAGUUUGCUGCUGCCAGCUCUUUAGGGUGCAGUAAAGCCGGAACAAGCCCUUUGGCUGGAGCAUCCCCGCCGUCCUUAAUGUCUGCUAGUCUGUGUCGAGACCCCUACUGCCUGAGCUACCACUGCACCAGCCAUCUGACCGGCGCGUCUGGCGCCAACUGCUCACACGACUCUGCCGCCGCUGUUGCAGCUGCCAACGCUCUUAAAUCCGGAUACCCACUCAUGUACCCAACACAUCCAUUGCACAGCGUUCACUCUUCUGCCCCAUCUUUUACAGGACACCCUUUGUACCCUUAUGGCUUUAUGUUGCCCAAUGACCCUCUGCCACACGUGUGCAACUGGGUGUCUGCUAACGGACCUUGUGAUAAGCGCUUUGCGUCCUCAGAGGAACUCCUUGGACACUUGCGGACUCACACGGCCUUCGCCGGCACAGAGAAGUUGAUAACUGGAUACCCAGGGUCGACUUCUCUUGCAAACGCUGCAGCAGCCGCUGCUAUGGCUUGCCACAUGCAUAUUCCUCCAAACGGCAGCCCAGGCAGCCCCGGCACGCUGGCCCUCAGGGGCCCCCAUCACCCCCUCGGACUAAGCAGCCGGUAUCACCCGUAUUCAAAGAGCCCUCUGCCCACUCCCGGGGCUCCGGUGCCAGUACCUGCAGCCACCGGGCCCUAUUACUCCCCAUACGCCUUGUAUGGACAAAGACUGACGACAGCCUCGGCCUUAGGAUACCAGUGAAGAACAAAGAAUUCUACAUUUAUAAAGGAAAUUUAGGCCUAAUGAGUUUUAUAUUGUAUUUCAUGCAGGGACUGGAUCCAUGUUGGGAUCAGUGUAUUUAUUUGCGAUAGCUUCAAGCGUGACUAAAAUAAAAAAUAAUUAUAAUAUAAAUUUGACAUGCCUGGAUGUGCAUUAUUUUACACAGGAGAAGUUUGCAUUUGAAGAUGCUGGACUUGAUUUCUGGUUUUAUUUUCUAUUCUGAAACCAAAGCGCUCUGACUCCAAAGUAAAGGCCAUCUUUGUGCUGCUUCACUCGGACAGAUUGGGCUGCUGCACAGGGUUCUGACAGCCUGAUGAACGUGGAAAAUAAAAUCAAUCAGAGCAACUUCUUCAGAAGUGGAAUUGAUUUAUUCUGUCGGCAGCAAAACCUGCAUGAAAGCCUCCUUUUACCACCUGAUAUUUUUUAAGUGCCACAACACAAACUGUUUACAUUUGCUCACUUGCUUUAUUUUAGAUGGAGAAUUUUUCAUAAUAAAGUAACUGAAAUGUAAA